AUGUGGAGACACCCCAGCUGAAAUCUGAAGAGGCUUCUAGCAAGCUCACUGCCACCAGUUUGUGUGAUUUCCUGGAUGCUACAGACAGAAACUACUUUGUGAAACUGUGGGCCAAACUUUCAGCCAAAAAAACCCCAGUGGAAAGAGAUUCUAUAGAGAGACAAUAUGAGACAGCCCGGCAGGCCCUGAUGGGAAAGAUUCCUCCUCAUCACACCGUUUUGUUUCAAAGGGGUCUGGUACCAGCACCUAUUAUCAAUAGUCUACAUUAUUUUACAGCUUUCGAAUUACAGAAAAAUUUUGACCUUUCUGAAGAUUAUUUUAAAACCCCCUUUGGACCAUAUUCUGAAAAGAGUGGCAAGGAGUCCCACAUCAUCAAGAGCUAUUCUACAUUAUUUCGUGCCUAUCCGUGGUCCAAAGAAAUGUCUUUUCAGCCUCCAGAGGGCAGCAUUUGUUCAUACGUAGGAUCAGGAAUAAGCGAAAGUGAGGCAGAUGAGACCCUAAAAGUGCUACGUAAACAGUCAUUUCCACAUGAAAAAGCGUCUGUCGAACACAGAAGACACAUGAUGACCUCAGUUGUCAGUCAACCAGGUCUCAACACCAAACUCAUCCUCCCUCCAAUCCCUCAGGGCUGCAAGUGGACCAGUGGUUGACAUUUGAUCUUAACACGUAAAACUUGUUCUGAUCAUGUCCAAUCCCUUUGUCUUACCUGGCCAUGGAUCCUGUUUCCCACUCAACCAAUUACCUACAAAAGAAUGUUCUGUAUGCCUUAAUUCUCUCAAUCAAUUUCUUUUGUGA